AUGACACUGAAACUUCUCAAGGCAACAAUAAACGCAAGAGAUACUAUAGAAUACGGUACCAAUGUUGUCGGGGGUGUCUCCCCGGGCAAGGGAGGCCAGACACAUCUUGACCUUCCAGUCUUUAGUACUGUCCAAGAGGCCAUGGCUGAGGUUAAGCCUCACGUCAGCGCCGUUUUUGUCCCUGCUCAGUUCGCCGCCAAGGCCAUAAUCGAAUCCAUAGAAGCCGAGGUACCCCUCGUUGUCUCGGUUGCGGAACAUGUCCCCGUCCAUGACAUGCUCCGCGUUCAUGAGAUUCUGAGAACGCAGUCUAAAACUCGUCUGGUUGGACCAAAUUGUCCAGGCAUCAUUGCACCGGAGCAGUGCCGGGUUGGCAUUAUGCCGUACAAGCAGUAUACCAGAGGCUGUGUGGGUAUUGUGUCCAAGUCGGGCACACUCAGUUAUGAAGCAGUUGGGUCGACUUCACGAGCAGGGCUCGGCCAAAGCAUAGUAGUUGGAAUGGGAGGCGAUAUGCUGCCAGGCACGACCUUGGCCGAUGGUCUCAGAUUAUUCUUUGAACAUGAGGAAACAAAAGGCAUCAUUGUAAUUGGUGAGAUUGGUGGCGAAGCUGAGCUUGAGGCUGCCGACCUCAUCAAAGAGUACCGCAAGACGGCCAACCCAAAACCGGUUGUGGCCAUGGUGGCUGGGCGAACGGCCCCGGAGGGCAAGACAAUGGGACACGCUGGAGCAGUAUUUUCGGCAGGAGAUAUCACGGCAGGGGCCAAGGCAAAGGCCCUUGAGGAUGCUGGAGCUAUUGUAGUUGCUCAUCCAGGCGUCAUGGGCGAGACGAUGAGAGAGCUUCUCGGUAUCUUGGAAGCUCCCACGUUUGAGUACUAUCUGGUCUCCCAGACGUACGAACCUACAAACGCAGAAGCCAGACUUCGC